CGGAAAUUGGUAGAGAGAAACGGAAGUAUGUGAAAAUGAGCGUGAUGGGAGCAGUCCGUAAUCUCCACAUCACAGAGCCUUGUUUUGUGAUCCACGUCCUCAUUUGCAUUGGCAGAUAACAGGAUUUCUAACCUUGAGAUACAGUUGAUUAAAUGUGUCGCGUACAUCUCUGCUUGUAAUGUCGGACUGGGAGGAUGACUACGAUGCCGCAGGUGUCGAGGUGAAAUCCACCGCCAAGGUCCGUCAAUGUGGAAACAGGCCUCCAUUUGGUGUAGAGAAUGAGACUCCUCAUUGUAGAGGUAAAACUGAAUGGGGUCCAUCAGUACGGACUAACAGAUAUGAUCAGCGGGAGUCACAGUGGGAUAACUGGAGGACCAGAGACACGUGCGAGCACAGGCCCUCUAGAAACAGGGACUUUGACUCGUGUAGAAGAGGGCGAGGAGGCCUCAGUGGAGGGGACAGGACAAGUUCAAUGUCACCGUUGUCCUUUUCUGUUGAAAAUUCUGUGAUCGGGGCAAUUAUAGGUCGUGGGGGUGCAAAGAUUCGUGAACUUCAGGAAAGUAGUGGAGCUAGGAUAAAGAUCAACAGAGGGGACUAUGAAGGAGAAGUGCAGAUAUUUGGUAGCAGCGAGGUACAGAAUAAAGCCAGGGAGAUGAUCGAGGCACUGGUGUCCCAUGGCUCAGGGAACGGGCUUGGAUUCAGAGGCAGCAGUGCAGGGGGCUCACGCUCUGCAAACAGUGGAAGCAGUGACUCCUGCUGGCCCGCCUCGGCUUCUCAAGACUCUGCCGCUUCCUCGCUGCCGGCCAUCGACUGGGUGUCACUGCGGGAGAACCGACACAAGUACGAGGCCAUGAAGUGGCAGGAUCUCCCACCGAUCCUGAAAGAGUUCUACAUCGAGGCGGAGUGCGUGGUCCGCCGCAGUGAGGAAGAGGUGAAGGAGUGGAGGAAGGAGAACAAUAACAUUUUUGUGGACGACUUGAAGGAGGGCGAGAAGCGGCCCAUCCCAAAUCCCAUUUGCACCUUUGAGGAGGCGUUUGAGCCCUACCCCGGGAUCAUGGAGAACAUCGUCAGAGUGGGCUUUGUCAAACCCACUCCGAUUCAGUCGCAGGCCUGGCCCAUCGUGCUGAAGGGGUUGGACUUGAUCGGGAUCGCCCAGACCGGGACGGGGAAGACCCUGGCCUACCUCCUGCCAGGCUUCAUCCACAUGGAUCUGCAGCCCGUGCUCAGAGACCGUCGGGACGGGCCCGGCAUGCUGGUUCUGACCCCGACUCGAGAGCUGGCCCUGCAGAUUGAGCAGGAGUGUAGCAAGUACAGCUACAAGGGCUUCAAAAGUAUCUGUAUCUACGGGGGAGGGGACCGCAGGGCCCAGAUCAACAUGACCAGCAGUGGAGUGGACAUCGUCAUCGCCACCCCGGGCCGGCUGAACGACCUGCAGAUGAACAACCACAUUAACCUGCGCUCCAUCACUUACCUGGUGCUGGAUGAAGCUGACCGCAUGCUGGACAUGGGCUUCGAGCCGCAGAUCAUGAAGAUCAUCCUGGACAUCCGGCCCGACAGACAGACGGUCAUGACCAGCGCCACCUGGCCUACGGGGGUGAGGCGUCUGUCCAAGUCCUACCUGAAGGACCCCAUGAUGGUGUAUGUGGGCACACUGGAUCUGGCGGCGGUGAACACGGUGGAGCAGACCGUGUUGAUCAUCCAAGAGGAGGAGAAGAAAGCCUAUGUCUACGAUUUCAUCCACAACAUGGAGCCUCAGGACAAAGUGUUGAUAUUCGUGGGGAAAAAGAUUGUGGCAGAUGACCUGUCCAGUGACCUAUGUCUGAGGGGCAUGGCCGUGCAGAGUCUCCAUGGAGACCGGGAGCAGUGCGACCGCGAGGAGGCUCUGCAGGACUUCAAAGACGGCCGUGUGCGGAUCCUGGUGGCCACCGACCUGGCCUCUCGUGGCCUGGACGUGCACGACAUCACGCACGUCUUCAACUACGACUUCCCGCGCAACGUGGAGGAGUACGUGCACCGAGUGGGCCGCACCGGCAGAGCCGGCCGGUCCGGGGCUUCCGUGACCCUGGUGACGAGGGGCGACUGGAGGAUGGCUGCUGAGCUCAUCCACAUCCUGGAGCGAGCGGGACAGACCGUGCCAGAGGAGCUGGUGCUGAUGGCUGAGCGCUUUGAGAAACACAAGCGGGAACGAGAGCUGACCGAACCCAGGGGCCGAGGAGGAGGAGGAGGAGGAGGAGGAGGAGGAGGAGGAGGAGGAGGAUGGAGGGGCCGGGACAGAGAUGGAGAAUCCAGCCGGCAUUUCUAAUGUACUGUCAAGACAGAAAGAAGAGGCCAGGAGAAAGUUGACUUUGAAGGAUUGUGUUUUUUUUUCAUCUUUGUUUGAACUUCCUGGAUUUGUAUUUUUAAAGAGAGUUCCGUUAUUUUUUGUGAAACCUGUGUUUAUAAUUUGGCCUUUGUGGAGUUGAUACUGAGGUGAAGGGCAUUUGAAUGACACCCCUAUUUUUACGUCUUGUUGAACUUUCACCCUGACUUGUUCCGCUGUUCUAACUUGUUCUGUAGAGUAUAAUGUGCGUAAAAUAAAGACCCUCUAUUCCCUGAA